AGAAAGUUUAUAUAAAAAGUCUUCUAAUUUGGAAAUAAUUCAAAGAAAGCCUUAAGCAAACGACCUGUGAAUGCGCCCGAGUGCUGCAGCGACCGUUGACGAGCAGCUUUUUCCUCGCUCCGAGAUAGCCAGCAGCAGCAGCGACAGCAGAAUAGACGGCGACUGCAGAGACAGCAACAACAACAGUUGCAAAACAACCGAGGCGAAAAUUGUGCCAGCUAGCUGCAUUUUACAAUUUAGCUCAGCAUUAUUAUUAUGGACAAAAAAUCAUCGCCCGUGCGACGACAAAAACGGCAAUCAAAGGUGAUUGAGGAAAACUUUUGGGACUGCAGUGUCUGCACCUACAGGAACUCGGCGGAGGCAUUCAAGUGUCGCAUGUGUGACGUGCGGAAAGGCACUUCAACCCGCAAGCCCCGUCUAAACUCUGCGCUAGUCGCUCAACAGGCUGCCACAUUGCCAGGCGCUUCCGGCAACAUGCCAAAUGGUAAAUCUGCAUCCAGCUCCCGCCACGGCACGGGUCACGAUAGACAGCGACACAAAAGGUAUCCAGCGCGCUUGAAGAAUGUGGAUCGGUCGACGGCACAAACCCGCGAGGUGACCGUCAAUUCGGUUACAGUGUUCAUCACAGAAUACAAGGCGAAGCCCGUGAGCAGUAGGCGGGAAUCGAGUGAACAGAGUUUUAGUGAAAGUAACGACAGCCGAAGUUAGAGUUGGGAGUUCGGAUCCGUAUAACUUAGCCAAUGUGCUUGUGCAAGCGCCUUACCAGGGGUCUAAAGAAUUCAUACACAAAUCGCUUCUGGAUCGAUCGCACACAAACAACAUUCGCUAGAGUUUUUUCUGGUUGGUGUUAUCCUUCGCAUGUUUUUUGAUAUUCUACGCCCAGCUCUACAGUUCGGGCUACCACAUUUCCUCUCAAACCCAUGUGUACAACUAAAAAUUGUAAAUUCUAAUUAAUUCUAGCUUAAGUACAAUUGUAAAUCUAUAUCUGGUGUUUAAGUUUAGCAAGUAUAAGGUGGCGAUGAUUCGCGAUGAAUUAGCGUUAACGUAAAGCAGAUCCCGGCUGCGUCGGCAGCCCUCAGAAACGUACGCUUCCACGCACACCACCAACCUUCAAUUGUUCACGUUUUGUAACUGUAUCUGUAAUUGUAAUUAUAACUGCAUUUACUCCACAACGCCCCGUGGUCUGUGUAGUUCUGAACGUA